GAUUUUAGAAGCUAGAGUCGUGCGGCUAUGCUAUCGUGUACUGCCCUCAUCUCUUCCACUCCUCGGGCCCGGGGACGACCACCGCCGAUGGCUCUGCUCCGCCUCCACCUCCCGCGGCCUCUGCUCCCCGGCCGCUCCCUCUCCAAGCCCCCUCCCCCCCUCUCAUCCUCCUCCUCAUCGUCGUCGUGGUUAUGGCACCGCUGCCUCCCCAGCGCCACAGCCACUUCCUCCUUGCGCCUCUUCUGCUCCCGCCACCCCGCGUCGCCCGCCUCCGACUCCGAUGCCUAUUCCUACUCUCCUUCCAUCGUCGGCGACCUCCUCGACUACCUCAACGAGUCAUGGACGCAGUUCCACGCCACUGCUGAGGCAAAGAGGCAACUGAUUGCCGCAGGCUUCAAGCUGCUAAGUGAGAAUGAUGACUGGGAUCUGCAGCCCGGUGGACGCUACUUCUUCACGCGGAACAUGUCCUGCCUGGUUGCCUUUGCAAUUGGGGAAAAGUACAGAGUUGGAAACGGUUUCAACAUAAUUGCAGCCCACACUGACAGUCCAUGUCUCAAACUCAAACCAAGGUCCGCCUCCUUCAAAUCUGGACACCAAAUGGUAAAUGUUCAGACGUAUGGAAGUGGCUUGUGGCAUACAUGGUUCGAUAGAGAUCUAACUUUGGCUGGGAGAGUCAUCCUCAAGGCUCCAGAUGGUUCCUUUAAGCACAAGCUUGUCAAAGUGAGCAGACCAUUGAUACGUGUACCAACACUGGCUAUACAUCUUAACCGCACAGUGAAUUCUGAUGGGUUCAAGCCUAACCUAGAGACUCAUCUUGUUCCACUUCUUGCAACAAAACAUGAAGAAGCUACUAUGAAUACUGAUGACAAAACUUCAAGUUCAACAAAAGUUACCCACCAUCCGCUACUUCUGCAGGUUCUCUCAGAGGAAAUUGGUUGUGAAUCAGAUGAAAUAAUUGGUAUGGAGUUGAACGUAUGUGAUACCCAGCCUAGCUGCCUUGGCGGGGGAAGCAAUGAGUUCGUCUAUUCUGGAAGACUGGAUAAUCUUGCUUCAUGUUAUUGUGCCCUCAGAUCUCUCAUGGACUCUUCCAAGGUGGCAGAACAAUUGUCAAAUGAGAAGGCUAUAAGAAUGGUUGCUAUGUUUGAUAACGAGGAGGUGGGUUCAGAUUCAAUGCAAGGGGCAGGUGCACCAACCAUGUUCCAUGCUAUGAGACGGAUUGUUGAUUCCUUGAUUCAUCAGUCGAUGGGGGAGGGAGCUUUGGAACGUGCAAUACAUUCUUCUUUCCUUGUUUCGGCUGACAUGGCUCAUGCCCUACACCCAAACUACUCAGAAAAGCAUGAAGAGUACCAUAGACCAGAACUACAGAAGGGGCUUGUCAUCAAGCACAAUGCUAACCAACGCUAUGCCACAAGUGCUGUUACAGCUUUUCUCUUCAAAGAAAUAGCAAGGAUUCAUAACCUUCCGGUUCAGGAAUUUGUCGUAAGGAAUGAUAUGGGCUGUGGCUCCACCAUUGGACCCAUACUUGCUUCUGGUGUUGGCAUACGGACUGUUGACUGUGGUAUUCCUCAGCUUUCGAUGCACAGCGUACGAGAAAUGUGUGGCAAACAAGAUGUAGACACAACAUAUUGGCACUUCAAAGCUUUCUUCGAGAUGUUCUCCGACAUCGAUAGGAAGUUAAAUGUAGAUUUCUAGUUCGCUCAAGAAAAAAGUAGAGUUUUAGGUCCAAAACUUUAUCAGUGCAUAAUGUUUGAAUAAUCAGUUUGUGAGUACCCUUCAAGGCAUACCAUAGGUUGGGAACCGUUGAAUUGUGGCUAUCUAGCAUAGUAUCAAUUCCAUGUAAACCGACAUUCAGUCUGGUUUUAUCUUCAAGGCAUACCAUAGGUUGGGAAAUCAGUUUUAAUAUAAAUACAGGCUGACACACUGGCCCUCUGUUUCUCGAGGAAAUAAAUUCGAUCCUAAAACCUUCA